GUCCAUCAUAAACUCUGUAAAUCACAGAUUGGAGGCGGAGCAGCUCUGUAGAGUCGGUGUUCGAACACAAAACAAGUCUGAGCCACAGACUGCGAGUAAGUCUGACCUUUGUCCACGUCCUGUUUCACCUGAACACACCUGAAGGGAAAACAAUGAAAGAAGAGACGGAGAAAGAAGAAGAAGAAGAAGUCCCUGAGUGAUUUAAAGAGGAACAAUGAGGACGCCCUCUCUGAGGAAUGCGUUCAUCCUGUUGGUGACUUCAUGUUUCUUCAUUCUUACCAUCUUAUACAGGAAUCACAGCGAGCUGAGCGCCGACAGUCAGCUGACAGCAGGUGGCGAUGAUGUCGACUGGAGAAUCUUUUCAGAGACCGAAGAUGAAGAGGCGACUGAAGCGCCGUGUUCUCUGAGGAACGUCGUGAGGAACGAUCGUCUCCUCAGAGAGAAGUUCAGGUUCUCGGUGUCGGUUCUGCAGCGGGCGGAAAGUUUCAACCAACCGGCCUGGGAACAUCUGAAGAACCGAGCGCCUCCGUACGGCUGGGAGGGAAUUCCUGCUGACGUUGUGAGAUCGACACUCGCCCUCCUGAACAGCUCUCGCCUCUUUAGUCGCGGCUCACCUGACAGGUGUGUGCGCUGUGCCGUGGUUGGAAACGGAGGCAUCCUCCGAGGGUCCGGACAGGGGAAGAACAUCGACAGCCAUGACUUUGUCUUCAGGGUGAACGGAGCACUGAUCAGAGGUUUUGAAAAAGACGUAGGGACGAAGAUUUCCUUCUAUGGAUUCACAACAAACACCAUGAAGCACGCCCUCAGGUUUUACCGCAAAGACGGGUUCACCAAAAUCCCCCAGAGUCCGGAUCUAAAAUACGUCUUCAUCCCAUCAGAUAUCAGAGAUUAUGUGAUGCUGGCGGCUGCUGUUCAGGGUCGGACUGUCGGUUCAGGUAAAGACAAAGGCGACAGGCCCUCAGAGUACUUUGGUCCAAAACCUGAACCUGAAAACUUCAAGAUUCUCCACCCGGGUUUUGUUUCCUACGUGACGCGCAGUUUCCUGUCGUCUCGGCGGAUGAACGACGCCAGGACUCGUCACCUGUACAUGCCGAGCACCGGAGCGCUGAUGCUGCUGACGGCCUUACACACCUGUGACCAGGUUUCAGCCUACGGCUUCAUCACCAGAAACUACGCAGCGUUCUCCGAUCACUACUACGACUCGAAGAAGAAACCUCUGAGGUUCUUCGCCAACCACGACCUGAGGAUGGAGAGCCGGCUGUGGGAGGCGCUGCACCGCCAGAAGGUCAUCAGGUUGUACCAGAGGAGGAGCUAGCAUCAGCGUCUACCCAGUGACCGAACAGAACCUCUGAAACCAGAACCUCUGAAACCAGAACAUCUGAAACCAGAACCUCUGAAACCAGAACAUCUGAAACCAGAACAGAACAU